GUCUACGAUCUCGGAAAUUCCAUAGAAAAAGCGAAGCCGAUCUUAUUUCUUGAUAAAAGAGGAGAAGAAGAAAGGAGAAAUGUCUGGCCGGGGAAAGGGCGGGAAAGGUCUGGGCAAGGGAGGCGCCAAGAGGCAUCGGAAGGUCCUAAGGGAUAACAUUCAGGGCAUCACCAAGCCGGCGAUCCGGCGGCUGGCCCGACGUGGAGGAGUGAAGCGUAUCAGCGGCCUGAUCUACGAGGAGACUAGGGGCGUCCUCAAGAUCUUCCUGGAGAACGUCAUCCGAGACGCCGUUACCUACACGGAGCACGCUCGCCGGAAGACGGUCACCGCCAUGGAUGUCGUUUACGCGCUCAAGCGACAGGGCAGGACCCUCUAUGGUUUCGGUGGUUGAGUUGCAUCUCUUUGUUGCUUUCACUGUUGAACUGGUGACUAAAAGAAUGUUAUCGAUUUGCUACUGUCCGAUGUGAAAUACAAAUCGGUUUACGUCA